CAGAUUUCUAAACGAUAACAACUCAUCCGCAGCCAAGUUUGCGAUUGGAUUAGAUAAUGGAGAGAGAGCGCUGUCGCUUUUUGUCCCAACCCCCAUCCCUCUCUUCCUGUCUCCGCCCUCAGAGGCCGUCAGGAGCUGCUGGGGCCAGGAUCAGAGGAACAGGAGCAGCAGCAUUGGGGAUGGGACUGAGGGGAAAGAUGCAGUCGGGGAGUUGCUAUCUCUUACUGGCUGCUCUCUCGCUUUCUGCACUGGCACAGUUCGUGCCGCCGUACACUGAAGAUUGUAGAAGAGGCACAUAUCCACCGUCUGGGCCCACGUUUAAAGGCAUUGUUCCUUGGUACAAGAUAAAUCUUGACUUGGCUCCACGCGUAAGGUGGAACCAGUUGAUUGCUGAUAAGAAAGUGGAGCUGACCAGUUUAAUCCAAGUGAUCAAGAACUUGGCAAAUGAUUUCUUUCCAAGUGGAAAAUUAAUUGAAAUUGUGGAUAAAAGUUUGGCUCCACUGGUGGACACACUUCCUUCACCAUUUAAUGAAGAACUAAAAGGAAUUGCAGAUGUAUCAGGAGUGCCCUUAGGAGAAGUUAUGCUCUUUAAUAUCUUCUAUGAAGUUUUCACGGUGUGCACAUCCCUUGUAGCUGAAGAUAAUGCAGGGAGACUGUACCAUGCUAGAAAUCUGGACUUUGGAUUAUUCCUUGGUUGGGAUGUCAAAAAUGAGAGCUGGAAAAUUCCAGAAUACCUUCGACCUCUAACAGUUAACCUGAAUUUCCAGAGAAACAACAAAACUGUAUUUAAAUCCACUAAUUUUGCCGGAUAUGUUGGAAUGCUGACUGGCAUGAGACCUGGGACAUUUACACUUACAAUGAAUGAACGUUUCAGCAUUGAUGGAGGAUAUAUUGGCAUCAUUGAAUGGAUAUUAGGUAAAAGGGAUGGUAUAUGGAUGAGUUUCCUCACCCGAUCUGUAUUGGAGAAUGCGACCAGUUACGCACAAGCCAAGGAUCAGUUAGCCAAAACAAAAAUGCUAGCACCGGCCUAUUAUAUUCUUGGAGGAAACCAGUCUGGUGAAGGUUGUGUAAUCACCCGUUCAAGGACAGCUGCUCUGGAUAUCUGGGAGCUUGACAUUGAGCAUGGCAUCUGGUAUGUGCUAGAAACAAACUAUGAUCAUUGGAAGGACCCACUGUUUCUGGAUAAUCGUCGAAUUCCUGCCAUGAAGUGCAUGAAUCAAACAACGCAAGCUAAUAUUUCUGUAGAAACUAUUUAUGAUGUUUUGACAACAAAGCCUGUUCUCAAUAAGUUGACUACAUAUACUACCCUGAUGGAAAUCUCUGAAGGAACAUUUGAAUCAUAUUUACGUGAUUGUCCAAACCCAUGUAUGCCAUGGUAGACAUCUGUACAAGGCUGUACUGUGGAAUUUAACAGCUGGAUCUGAAUAUGGACAAGCAGUUCAAGCUGCAUAUAUGCUGCUUACGGAGUGUAUUAAUUUCUGAUGGCACUGAAUUUCUGUAAUGUGCAAAACAUUUUAGGUUUUCAUGUAGGCUUUUGUUAUACAGAUUUUCAUGCUUAGCUAAAUAUUUGAAAUUUAAAUGUAUGGACUAAAUGUGAAAAUUUCUUGUAUAAUUGAUUAGUUCAGUAAUUUCAAACCUAGCAAGAAGCACUUUAAUGAUUAUGCUGAGCAGAAAAUUCUAUUGAUAUCCUUUUCUUACUAAUCAGUAAUUUAUUUGAUAUUGGGGAAACUAAGCAUUGCUUAUUAAGAUUUCUGUUUUUAAAAUUGUCUUUAAUUGUUAAUUUGAUGUAGACGGGACCAAAAGACAAAUAUUUCAGUCCUCUUUUGACCAUACAGUCUACACUUUAGUGAAUGUUUGGAGUUUAUCAUUUUGCUAAAUAACCUGCUUGGAUUCUAGUUUGUCAAACAAGUUUGUUACCAAAAUACAUUAUGUACAAGAUCAGUGUGUUGUAUCUGACCAUUAAAGCUGAUGGAUAAAUCUA